AUGCCCUUCCCAGCUUUUGACCCAGCUCAAUACAGCUCUCCCGAGUUUACGCGUUACGCUUCUGUCCACGCGAAUCCUAAGGGCCCCGGCGAUGCACGCCCAACUGCGGAGCAAAUUAUCAAAGAUGAGGGUCUGAAUGGCAAGCUUGUUGGAAAGACCAUUUUGAUUACUGGCUGCAGCUCUGGUAUAGGGAUUGAGACCGUCCGCGCCCUCAAGUUGACUGGCGCGCGCAUUUUUGCUACAGUCCGUGAUCUCGAAAAGGGCAAAAAAGCCCUUGGCGACAUCCUUGAGCCUGGCAAGGUCGAGCUCUCCCACCUUGACCUCAACUCCCUCGCAUCUGUUCGCAAAUUCGCCGCCGAAUUUCUGGCUGCCAGUAACAACCAACUUAACAUCCUUAUCAACAACGCCGGUAUCAUGUCCUGUCCUGAAGGCACCACUAAAGAUGGGUUUGAACUGCCCAAUUUCCGCUCACGCGUAGUCAGCGUAGCAUCAAUGGCACAUCGCUAUUUCCCCCCCAAGCUCGACAACUUCCAGCUCCGUCACGGCGAAUAUCACCCAGAGCAUGCCUAUGCCAAGGAUCCUGUGUUGGCCGCCACGCGAAAAACUCCAGAGCAGGGUGCUGCUACCACGGUGUGGGCAGCUGUGGCGCACGCGUGGGAGGGGAGAGAGGUUUGUAUCUGA